AAUGGUAAAUGUGAUAAAGUUUUAUAUUUAAUCUGUCCUUUCAUCUUUGCUGCCCUGGCAUACUUCUAUAGCGUGGAAAUUUUCCAACGCUUUUAGGAUGAAUAAAUAUCCAAUCAUUGGGAAACUUGAACGUUUUAAAAUCAAGGAAAAGCGAACUACUAAAAACAAUGAAGAUGUUGAGAAAUAUGUGACUGUUCUUGGCGACUGGCGUUCCCAAUUGCGUACCCUAGACAGACAUGAAAGUGCUGGUAAAACUGACCGCCACUUAAUUCGCUCAUUUUGUGUUCUUCAUCAGUGUCUUGUAUUUUGUUGUAUCUUGUUGGACAAGGUAAAGACAUUAUUGUCUGAUAAAGGCAAACUCACUUAUGAAAAGAUAAAUCAACUGAAUGAUCUAAAGGUAGAUCUCUACAAGUUAACCAAGCUUCUCGAUGUAAUAAAUCUGAUCUACAACAAUUUUUGUGGCUUUAAGCAAGAAAUUACAAUUGAGUAUGUGUAUGAAUUUAAUCUUGAUAAUGCUUUGAGUAGUAUAGAAAGUGCCAUUUCCAAUCUAAACCAUCCUGAGAUAAAUGAUCUCUUUGACUUGGAAAUCACCCCAGAAGAUGUUCUGUGCUCAGUGCUUGGUUUGAAAAAUGAGUUUGCUUGCAGGCUUCUCGAACAAACUCCUUACAUGAGAAAACACAAAAGUGAAAAGGUACAUUUGCUAAGAUUUUUAAAGGAGUUUAAGGAAGAAGACAGCUUAAAAGAUCUCAGAGAUAGUGAAAAGGUUGCUAAAAUCUUGUGCAAGAUUGGUUUUACAAAGCAUCGAUCUGAAUUUAUUGCUAAGUGGAUAACCAGCAUGCCAGAUCCGAAUCACAAACCAAUUUUAUCCUGGGUGGAAACUUACAUUGAAGAUCAUUUUAAAUGAAGAGGGAAGACAUAGUCAUCCUAUAAAUAUGAUCAAUGUUGAAUCGCAAGAAGAUGCUCUACACCAUGUUGGAUCAAAAGUUGCUGAAAUAAAUGAAAAUAAUCCUGUGACAGAAGUAUAUUUCCAUUGUACUGAUCACAAAAGUGCUGUGGAUAUUCUGGAAAUUGGAAUUGUGCUGGGUUUUGGUCGAAAGAAAUCAGACUUCUCUGAUGGAGAAGGUUUCUACAUGGUAAAUAAUGCAAAGUUCUCAUUAGAGCAAUGUGGAUUGAGCAGUACACAUCCAGCUAUUAUCAUGUUUGAUGUGAGUCCUCAAAAACUGAGCAAGUUUAAAGGAAUUGAUUUAUCCAGUGCUGAAAAAGAAGAAGAUUGGAAAUUGAUUGUUGAGUAUUUUCGCUCAAGUAGCCAUGGUAUUGGUAAUUUACCUAAGAAUUUGUUCUCACACAUAAGACAAUGUGAUUACAUCAGAGGGCCUGUUUCCCUAAAUGGUUCUAUUGAAAACAACACAUUAUCUCAAGGUGUUCAACAAAUUUGCAUAAAGAAACAAGAAUUGGCCAAGCUAAUUGGGCAUCCAUCAUCAAUUUUAGGCGUGAUUUUUCUUAAAGCUCAUGAACUGAACCAAAAAGGAAAUGAGAUUGGCAGUAAAGAUGACGUCAAUUUCAGUUGUGAGUCGUUGUAAAUCUCAGCAACCUUUAAUCUUAUAACCGACCUGUGUUAUACCCAAGAACAGUUGAUAUAAAAUAUUUUAUUGUAUACUUAUAUCUAGAACCAACAGUAGAUCAUUGUAGACUAUGAUUAUUUUUUUACUAUUUAUACCUGAACAUCGAGAUAUACUCAAGUUUGGAAACGAACUAUUUACUGCUUGUUGUAGAUUAGAUAAUUUGAUUUGGCUUUUGUAUGAUGUCAUGAUAAAUAUUAAAAAAAUUGGAA